GUCACGUCCCAGUACACAACGGAGAGGACUACUAAUAAACAGUUCACGGCACUAACAGCAUUGAACACAGUACUUCUUUCACUUCGUGAAUACAAGAAGACAACUGAAAAUGACACAAUUCUGCAGUGAUCGACCUUCUCUCUCACGGAGCUAAGCAGAAUGUGCGUCAUCACCUGUAGUCGCCAUGGAAACGGGAUCAGGAAAUCGGCGAUAUGGCAAGUUUCCCUUGCCGUACGCAAGCGAGAGAUAUACCAUCGGAACCGAUAUCCAAUUGUCUUUCAUCUGAGCCCUACUUGAAAAAUCGAUGCACUUCCCCUUUAAUCCAGUAUCAAUUACUACCAUUGCUCUCUAUCCGUUGUGGUCGCUUCGGCAGGCUACGAGUUUGGUGGGCAGAGUGGAGGUGGUAAGUGCUUCGGGGAAGGCCAUUCUAGUGCUGCCAGCGGGUGGCGGAGGAGUGCCCUCACUCACAUAAUCAUUGACUUCACCGGCAGGCGCUCCAUAGUUGAUCUCUGGGACAGUAUGAAGACUGUACAUGUGCUACGAGCAGCUGUACUGGCAGCAAUAGCAGUGUUGCUCCUGAAUCAGGUCAAUACAAGCAGCAGUAGCGACUAUGGCCAGUAUGGCCAGUAUGGAGCAGACCUCACGCAGCAGCCAGCGACCAGGUUCAACUACUUGUCAGGGAUCAAUCCCACUCAGCCGUUUCAGCCCGUUGUUCGCAGUCUGGGAUGUGCGUCAGCUCACUUCACCUCCAACAAAGGCCAGAAUGCGUUUUUCGUGCUCCACGGCUCCUGCUUUGCCGGCGACGAGCCUCAAGCCACGUGGCUGUACUCGGUAGGACCCAACACCUGGUUUCGCAGCGAGCCCAUAUUUGACAACGGCACGGACCCGAGCCGGCGUCAAGAUCACGGAAUAGCAAGCCUUCCGGAUGAGACAGGCAUAGCAAUGUUCGGUGGUCGUACUAGCAGCAGCAGCAGCGAUGCAUCACUAUACAGUGACACUUGGCUGUACAAUGGAGAUGAUCUCUGCUGGCAGGCGCUGGAGAACAGUGCGAAGAGUCCAUCGGAGCGUUACGCCAGCGGCCUCGUCGGCUGCACUAUGUCGCAUGGAUGUGCGGCCAACAGCGGCGUGUAUCUGUUUGGUGGCCUGAGCACGCCAACGGAGGCCGGUAACAUUGCUGCUGCCACAUCAUCAUCACCGCCGACCAUGCUGAAUGAUUUGUGGAGGCUGGACGCGGAUAGAGCUGCCGGCUUGGCACAUUGGUCGCAGCUCACUCCCGUCGCCGACCCAGUGCACGGGUUUCCUGCUGCACGCGGAUACCCGCGAACAGCGGUGGGCCAGGCGGCAAUGUUCGUGUGCGGAGGUCUGCAGUACGACAACGGCAGCCGUAUCAUGUACCUGCUGGACCUGUGGCAGUUGACAAUGUCAAACAACACCUGGAGGCGGCUGAGCGACAUCGACGUCAGCAUGGACCCGUACGACUCGUGUUCCGUCGCCGGUCUCAGCUACGUGCCGUCCGAUCAGGGAGUAACGCCGACGCUGAUCGCCUUGCUGUCGUGUACAGGUGACUUGGAGAUGAGAGUAUGGUCUUACACUAUAGGCACUGACAAGUGGGAUGGCGUGUGGUAUGUGAAAGGCGAUUCGCUGCCACCGCCGUUCGUGCAGCCCAUCGCCCAGGAGCACAGCGAGCAGGUUUACAUCUACGGUGGAAUAGACAGCCAGUCACGCGUGUAUACUGGCUUGUGGGUGCUGCGCUACAACACAAAAGACAGUACAUGCGUCCAGGCCGCCGCUCCGGACAUCCUGCCGCCCAUCGUGUCGCAGCACUCGGCCUCGUACCUGGAGAAGACGCGAGCGCUGUACGUGUAUGGUGGUGUGUACCCGACCGCCCCGGCCUUGCCCGGUCUGGCGCCGAGUAGCAUCAACAUUGCCGACGAGCGUCUGCAUAUCUACAGCGUGCAGGAAUCUAUGUGGACAAGUGUUCUGCGGCCUGGCAUAGCACGCUUGGCCGCGCACACCAUGAUCUCCUGGGGGAACUCCCUAUACUUGUUCGGUGGCUUUGACACUGAUGGAGUGUCUCAGUCCGGCCUGUGGAAGUUCAACAUUGCCAGCCUGACGUGGAGCAAUGCCUCAUCGCCAACGUACACAUUCCCGCCUCGGCAAGCCCAUGCCGCGGCUCUAGACCCAGAGCGGGGCUUGAUGUACGUGUAUGGCGGUCUGUACUCGGAUGCCUUGCACAAGGUCAUGGUUCUCGGUGACCUGCUGGUGUACGACCUAGCCGAGAGCACGUGGAGUGAGAUCAAAGCUGUCGGCGCACCUCCACCAGGUGUGUUUGGCCAUUCAAUGGUCUUUAUUGAUGGCAGCCUGUAUGUUUUGGGCGGUGCAAGCAUCGACGUCACGGCUGACGGUUAUAAUGUCUCGGUCGUGGAAGAUAUGUUCUGGCGUUUCAACCUGAAGACACGGCAAUGGGAGAACCUGUGCUACUGGGUCGACCCGUCACUGUUUCAUCCGCUUCUUGCGGGACGCUUCUUCACAACGGCUUCUGCCAAGGACAGUUCUAUUCUAAUGUUUGUUGGUGAUUGCUGUGAUCCUAUCUGCAUGCUCACGAAAAGCGACAUACCAACAACAGUGGAGCUGAAUUCGCAUACAAUUGCACAGCGCUGCUGUUCGAAAAAGACCGGAGAAAUUCAUCCUCGCGUAUGGCUGCUGUCAACAACUGACCAUCUGUGGAUGGAGCUAAAGAUGUCCUAUUCAUCCUCGGCGCAUCACUCGCCCAUACGGCAUGCUGGCCAUUCGUUGACGAACGUGGAGGAUAAGUUCUUUGUGCACGGCGGCCUGUGUCGUGGUGAAGAUGACAACACGCUGUGCAGCCUUGCCCUGCCGACCUAUGUUAUACAGCCUGGCUGCAAUGCUGGAUGGUACUCGCAGCAUGUGUACAGUCAAGCAUGCCAGCCAUGCCCUGCCGAGAACUAUUCAAUGACGGCCGGUAGCAUUGGCUGUGAGUCGUGCCCACUCGGCUCCUUCUCGCAGCAGAACGGCUCAACCAGCUCCCUGCAGUGCUCUAAGUGCCCCCGUGAUAUCUGCAACGACGCCGGCGAUUGCUCUGUCAACAGUGCUACCCACGAGAUGGAAUGCAACUGUGACUUUGGCUACGAUGGUAUGAACCGCUGCCGUGUUCCGGCUGUGUACCUGGGCAUUGGCGGUGCGGCUGUCUUCAUUCUUCUCCUGCUCGUCUUGACCUGCUUUCUGGUACAGAAGUACCGCAGCAAGCGCAGACAGGAUGAGGAGAAAGAGCGGCAGCUACGUACGUGCAAGCGUGAAAUCGCCAGUCUCAACUCUGUGUGGCGCAUCGAGGCUGAUGAGCUAAAGCUGUCGAGAAGAAUCGAUGAGGAGACACCCGGCAGUUUUGGUGAAGUGUGGAUGGCAGUCUAUCGUGAUAUGCAGGUCGCCUACAAGCAGCUUCGGACGCAGGUGUUGGUGGCCGAUGCACAGGCCCUGAUGGAGUUCCAGCGCGAGGCCGAGUUCAUGCGCACCAUCCGUCAUCCGAACAUCGUGCUCUUCAUCGGCGCUGGUGUCAUGCCGCCGAGCAGCAUCGGAGCUGCCAGUAUUCCGUUCCUGGUGGUGGAGUACAUGCCACGCGGCACACUGCUCUCCGUGCUCAACGACAAGACAGUGCACAUCGAUCACCAGCAGCGUCUGCGCAUGGCACUGGACAUUGCCAAGGGCAUGCGCUUUCUGCACGGCCUGACACCACCGCGCGUCCAUCGCGACCUGAAGAGCGCCAACCUACUGGUCAGCGAUCACUUUGUAGUCAAGGUGUCUGAUUUCGGUUCGGCUCGUUGGAUACAGAGCAUAGAGGAGUGUCAGCAGGUUUCCUCGACGGGCUCCAUGACGCGCAGCAUGGCAAACUCGACAACAUCAACACCGAUCAAUGCACGCUUCCUGACCAAGUCUCGGUCAAACAGCAGCCGAGAGUAUGACACCGAGCGAGCACCACUUCUGCAGCCGGAUGCACUGAUGUCAAGCGAUGUCGGGACUCUCCUGUGGUCUGCACCGGAGGUUCUGUCGCAGAGUGCGUACGGCGCAGCGGCUGACGUUUUCAGCUAUAGCAUAGUGCUGUGGGAACUGUACACCAGGAAGGAGCCUUACAGUCACACCGGCUACAGAUUCAGUUUUGACUUCUCGCGCUACAUCCUUGAAGGAGGACGUCCAGAGAUGGAGUCCAACGGCUGGCCAAAGGACUACCGUGCACUGGUCGAGGAAUGCUGGAUGGAGGGGGCGGAGAGGAGGCCAAAGUUUGUGGAUAUUGUUCCCAACCUUGACAACCAACUGGAGAGAUGCUUCUCACAAAUGUAGGAAGGAAUUCCGUCUAAAUUAAAUAUUUUAUUCACCUCCAGCUUCCGUUGAAUGGGGCCUAUGUCAGUGACCAUGUUUUUCAUUUCAGGUUGACUCUAUCUUGUAAUCAUCUCUUUGUUGAGUCACGACAAACGUUUUAGCACAAUUUAGGGUGUAAAAGCAUUAGGAAAAUGUCUCAUUGAGAACUUCAAAACUUGAGGUUUCAUGCAUAAGGGCAACAUCACAUUUCUGCUAAUUUUUACCCAAUCGGUAGCAUACUAUACUAUUAUUCAAUUUGCAAAUCUAUAGGCAAAGUACGAUCAAUUGAUUUUUCCCCUCACAGAAUUUCGUUAUGCUGCUUAUGCAUGCUAGAAAUUUACAGCCAUCUCAUCCACACUUUCUCCCACCACGUUAGCCUUGAGGUACAUAUAUUUACUACUUAGCCGUGUGUACAAUGUAUAUCGGACACCAGGGGUUUUUAGGGCUUUAUGAUCAAUAUUGUUUUGGUAAACUUCUACAAUAUAGUAUACCUAUUUUAGUUUCACAGCACCAUAAUUUGUUUGUUGUCUCGAGGCUAGCAGGCCAGCCAGUCUUAUAACAGUGGCAAACAAAUUGGAU